AAGUUUCCGAGUGGCUCCGUUUCCAUCAGCCAGGGCCCAGGUGGCAAUGGCGUCAGUGUUCAAGCAAACUUUUCUGCCUUGCCGGCAGAGGGAGGACCAUUCCUCUAUCAUAUUCAUCAGAAGCCAGUUGGGCCAGAUGGGAAUUGCACUGCUGCUGGAGGCCACUUGGCACCCCAUUCAAGCCAAUACCCUUGCCAAGAUCCUAAUCAUCCGGAAGAUUGUGAGGCUGGCGACCUGUCAGGCAAGCACGGCAAGAUCAACGGCACAACCUUUUCUGCGACCCCUCAAAGUUACGUCGAAGACUUUGUCUCAAAUCGAAAUGAGGCCGGCUGUCUGCAAUGCAUGACAGAUCGCAGCAUCGUUGUGCACUUCGCCAAUCAGACGGCCAUCACAUGCGCCAAUCUU